CCGGAAGCAGAUGUGCGUAGGCGAGUAGCGUUCAUAGCAAUUAAGGGCAAGUGGGGGAAAGGGCACAUCAUGGUGUUCCUUAGCCUGUCCCGUUGGGUUAGGAGCCGAGGGCCUGAUCGUUACUGGAGGGUGCAGGAGGUGCUCAAACAUGCCCGGCACUUUCGUGGAAGGAAGAACCGCUGUUUCAGCUUGGCUGUGCGAGCUGUCCGUAGAGCCUUUGUUUACUCUACAAAAGCGAGAAAGGCUAAAAAGCGCAUUAUGAGAGCGCUGUGGGUUAGCAGAAUUGCAGGAGCAACUCGAGAGCACGGCAUGAAAUAUCCUAUGCUAAUGUGUAAUCUCGUCAAAUGUCAGGUAGCACUAAACAGGAAGGUGAUCUCGGACAUGGCGAUCUAUGAACCCAAGACAUUCAAAUCAUUAGCAGCACUGGCGAAGAGAAGGAGAGAUGAAGGCAUCCUAGCAGCUCUUGGGGAUGGAAAGGAGCCAGAAGGAAUCUUUUCUCGAGUGGUCAAUUAUCACUAACUCUAAAGAUGCACGGAGAUUUGUAUAUUUCUAGGAAGCAGAAUUUUCUUGAUUUUUUUUUUUUGUGGAAUUUUUUCCUUUUUUUAUUGUUUGUUUAUAGGGAAAUUAUUUUAUUCUUUUUUUUUUUUUUAUACAAAUGUUCUGCCUUCUGUUAUUUUUUUCAGUGACUUAUGGAAAAGGUUCUGGUAUUCUGAAGACUCAGUGAGUCUGCUUGCGCACUUGUUUUUUUUUUUCAUACUGGCAAUAAAAUGUCCACAGUUAUUUA